AUCAAAAAACCAAAUCUCUCUCUGCUGCCGGAGAGAGAAGAAAGAAUCGUCACCGCCGAAAUAUCUGUGGGCCAAAUCAGACCAAAAUCUUGCUUUCUCGUUUCUUGAGCUAUUGCGCUUGGAUUCUCUUCCGUGGUUUCCUUCUUCAUGUGGGCAGAGUAUAUAUGAUAUAUAUAGAUGGUUCAAAGGGUCUCUCUGGUGCAAAGAGAUGGAUAUGUCAGGUUCAAAGGCUUCAACUUCCUCUCCUCGGCGUGGCCUUUCCGGCGACACUCGUGAAUCCGAGAGGUUGCAUGUUCUCGCCGUCGAUGAUAGCUCGAUUGACCGGAAAUUAAUCGAGAAGUUGCUUAAGAGUUCUUCUUAUAGAGUCACAACGGUUGAAAGCGGGAAACGAGCAUUGGAGUUGUUGGGGUUGGGGAAGGAGAAUUCUUUUUUCAAGGAACAGAAGGUCAACAUGAUAAUAACAGAUUACUGCAUGCCGGAGAUGACAGGAUUCGAUCUUCUUAAAAGAGUAAAGGAGUCAUCAGCUUUGAAGGAAAUCCCAGUCGUGAUCCUGUCUUCAGAAAAUGUGCCCACCAGAAUCAAUAGAUGCUUGGAAGAAGGAGCAGAGGAGUUCUUGCUGAAGCCUCUCAGGCAAUCUGAUGUGUCGCGGUUGCAUAAUCACAUGACGAGGGUGAAUCGUUGUGGCAGUGUUAGCUGAGAUCUCCCGACCCCAUUCUUUUUGUCCUUUUAGAUGAAAAUGUAUUUCUCUGUAUCUCUGAUGUAGAGAGAAGAAAAGAUGUUGAAACGGGAUGGGAUGGAUGUCAAUUGGGUCUCCAUGAGAAAGGGAGAGAAAGAUGGGUCUUUUUGUUCCAACGUUCCACCCCCUCCCCCUUGUUUUCUUUAUGAUGUUUGUUAGAACUUUUUUUUUCUUUUUGGCUCAGGAAUUUUUGUAAGCACUUGGAGGUUGUAGCUCUGUGAAUAUUAGAAAAGAGAUUACUAGCUUGCUUCAUUCU